AUGGAGACUAGCCACCUUUCGACUGGUCCUUGUCCAGCUGUGCUUGUCCAACUGAACUGCCCACCAUGUGCAAAGACCUCCAAGAAACUCAGAUGUUUAUUAUGCAGUUUUCGUUCAAAACUUUCAUCCCUGCAAAUGAUGGGUCUUUCUCAAAUUUUCGCAAUCUAUUUCAUAUUUCUCUCUAUAAUCUCACACACAUCCAUUGCAGCAGACACCUUAACACCAAGCCAGAACCUCACAGAUGGCCAAACCUUAGUUUCCUCCAACGAGCGAUUUGAACUGGGCUUCUUCACUCCGGGCACUUCAAGGAACCGUUACUUGGGUAUAUGGUACCACAACCUCCCUCUUACGGUAGUCUGGGUGGCCAACAAAGAAAACCCACUCACCGAUUUGUUUGGAAGAUUGUCUUUGAACAAAAAUGGCGGUUUAUUUCUUCACAACCGUUCAAUGGGUGUCGUUUGGACCACCAAUCAAACGGUUGGUGUGCGUAGUCCUGUAUUGCAGUUGUUGGGCAAUGGCAACCUUGUUAUCAGAGAUGGAGGUACUGAGGGCAAUCGUUUUGUUUGGGAAAGUUUUGAUUAUUUGUCUGAUACAUUGUUGCCUGGUAUGAAAUUGGGAUGGACUUUAAGUACCGGAUUGAACAGGUUUAUGCAGUCCUGGAAGAGUAAUGAGGACCCUUCAGGGGGUGAUUUUACAUUCAGGUUGGAUACACCUGAGACACCUCAGUUAAUCUUACGGAAAAGGUCGGAAAAGCAGUACAGAUGGGGUCCAUAUGAUGGUAAGAGGUUUAGUGGUGGUAAUGAGUUGAAAUCUAACCCAGUGUUUUUGCCUAUGUUCAUUUACAAUUCUGACGAGGUUUACUAUACCUAUAAAGUGCUAGAUGAAUCGGUUUUAUCACGCUCUGUGGUGACACCGUUGGGUAUGCUUCAGUAUCUCACAUGGCGGAAUAAUAGUAGAGAUUGGACCAUGAUGGUAACCCUUAACAGGUUCUAUUGUGAUCGAUAUGGUAUGUGUGGGCCUUAUGGAAAUUGUUACCCUGAUGAUCCUAAUUGCCAUUGCUUGGACGGGUUUAUUCCAAAAUCUCCUCAGGAUUGGAGAAUAAUUGAUAAUUUAGGCGGUUGUAAGCGAAAAUAUGAGCUGAAUUGUAGUAGUGGAGAUGGGUUUGUGAAGUAUACUGACCUGAAGUUGCCGGAUAAGUCAAUAGCAUGGCCGAUUUAUAGCCCUGAGAAAUGUAGAGCAGAGUGUUUAAGGACAUGCGCUUGUAUGGCUUAUACCUACAUCAAUGUUCAUGGUAAUGGCAGUCAGUGUGUAGUCUGGCUCGAUGAAUUGAUUGACAUUCGAAAUUUUCCGGAUGGUGGGGAAGAGCUUCAUAUAAGAAUGGCACGCGCUGAACUAGAUUCAAUUGCUGAUGCCAAGAGGAAAAACCAUUCAGUGAUAGUUGCCGUGAUUGUCACUUCAACAGUUUUUGUGAUGCUUCUCCUCGGUGGUGUUGGCUGGUACAUAUGGCGCAUGAAGAGGGCAACAUGGGAAGAAGAAAGAGCUCUACAGGACAAUUCCUGCAACAAUAGCAUGGACGAAAAUCCUGGGGACGACUUGGAAUUACCUAUUUUCAAUCUCGCUACCAUCUUUGCUGCUACUAACAAAUUUUCGUUAGAGAAAAAGAUAGGACAAGGCGGUUUUGGUCCUGUGUACAAGGGUGUAUUACCAGAUGGACGAGAAAUAGCAGUAAAGAGGCUAUCACAGAAUUCAGGGCAAGGCCUCCGUGAGUUUAAGAAUGAAGUUAUUUUGAUUGCGAAACUUCAACACCGCAACCUUGUUAGGCUCUUGGGAUGCUGCAUUGAAGGAGAAGAAAGAAUGCUAGUCUAUGAGUACCUGCCCAAUAAAAGCUUGGACAAAUUCAUAUUCGAUCAAAUUAGAAGAAAACUACUACCUUGGAAGCAACGCUUCAACAUUAUUUUGGGGAUUGCGCGAGGGUUGCUUUAUCUUCAUCAGGACUCCAGGUUAAGAAUUAUCCAUAGGGAUCUGAAAACCAGUAACAUCUUACUUGACAGUGAGAUGAACUCUAAAAUUUCAGACUUCGGCAUAGCAAGAAUUUUUGGAGGAGAGCUAACAGAAGAGAAAACAAAGAGAAUAAUUGGAACAUAUGGUUAUAUGUCUCCGGAAUAUGCAAUGAGUGGUCACUUUUCUGUCAAGUCAGAUGUAUUUAGCUUUGGUGUUAUCGUGCUAGAGAUAAUAAGUGGUCAGAAGAAUUGGGGAUUUCAUUGGCCUGACCAUGACCUGAACCUCGUAGGACAUGCAUGGAAACUGUGGGAUGAAGAAAAUCCACUGGAAUUCAUUGAUAAACUGUUGAACGAAUCAUUUUCUACGGAUGAAGUUGUAAGAUGUAUACAAGUGGCCCUUUUGUGCUUGCAGCAACGCUCAGAAGACAGACCAACGAUGCCUACUGUGGUUUUUAUGCUGAGUAAUGACAAUGCAGAGAUACCACAACCCAAAGAACCUGGUUUUUGUACAGAAAGUUCUUCCAUAAAGAUGGAUGCAUCCUCGAGUGGGAAAGAUACAAGUACUGCCAAUGAAGUAACUAUAACAAAGUUGGAUGGACGAUAGAAGAGUUAUAAAAUUACAAUAGAUCAAUAUAGAUACUUCAGGAAGUUGUACAGUAAUAUAUAAUGUCUAUUUUUCCACUGGUCUCCCUACAAAAAGUAGUCCUAUUUUUCCCAUUCAGGACUUUAUUGUCGUAAAGAUGUGUUUGUAGCAUAGCUUAAGAUUUGUAUAGCAGAGCAACUACCUUUGAUAUCCUCUGUAAUUACUAAGAGCCAAUGUAGGAAUUUGGUAUAUGUGGAAAGAUGAAGAUGAUGGAGUAAACUGACGUUUAACUUCCUUCCAAGUGUUUUCAGUCUUCAGAAUUCUAGGAAUUUUUUUUUUCUG